CACUGAAUAAACUGGUUUCUCUGAAACAAUCAAGUGUCGUCACAGUUCGUUUAUUUUUCUUUUUUUGUUUGUUCAUAGUUUUUUUUAACAAUAUUAAUUUAAAUAUUAUUUUAGUGUUUUUAAUUAUUAUUAAACAUAAAUAAUGGCUCGUUACUUCAAGGAACAAGAUAUUGAUGAGUUUCGUGAAUGUUUUUAUUUAUUUGCCCGUUCGGGUCAAAUAACUACUUUGGAUGAAUUAACUGUUAUAAUGAGAUCACUUGGUUUAUCUCCAACUAUACAGGAGUUAAUUAACUAUUUAAAAAAGAAAGGUGGCAAAAUGAGUUUUGCCGAUUUUCUGGAAGUUAUGCACCAACAUUCCAAAGUAGAGAAUCUACCGGAUGAAGUAGUAGCAGCGUUUAAAGCAGCGGACCCUCAAAAUACGGGAGUAAUUCCAGCUCGACAAUUAAGAAAUUUACUACAAAAUUGGGGUGAAGGUUUGUCAAUGAGAGAGGUUGACAAUAUUUUCCGUGAAGCAAAUGUUAAUAACAACAGCAUGGUUCGUUAUUCAGAUUUCGUAAAAAUUGCUUGCGCACCAGUACCAGAUUACUAUUAAAGUGCAAUUAGCAUUAAUAAUACCUUAUGCAUUUUAAAAUUUAUUAUACACAAAGACUUUUAAAUAAAUAUAGACAUUUUAAAA